AUGGCUCUGCGAGGUGGGCGCGGGGAGUCGUGGGGGGAUAGGGUGGGAGGAGAGAGGAAGAGGAGUGAGAACGAAAGGGGCACGUGUAGUUGUGUAGCAGGUAGUCGCUCACACUGCCCUUCACGGCUCUGCGAGCUCUAUGUCCUGCCGCACCACCACCUCACACAUCAACACAACAACACCCACAUCACCGUCCCCUCACCUGCCUUCCACUCGCACCCACCUGGCAACAGCGCUGAGCUGUCUCGUGCCCACCACCAGCAGCUCUAUGUCCUGCCGCACCACCACCUCACACAUCAACACAACAACACCCACAUCACCGUCCCCCCACCUGCUUUCCACUCGCACCCACCUGGCAACAGCGCUGAGCUGUCUCGUGCCCACCACCAGCAGCUCUAUGUCCUGCCGCACCACCACCUCACACAUCAACACAACAACACCCACAUCACCGUCCCCCCACCUGCCUUCCACUCGCACCCACCUGGCAACAGCGCUGAGCUGUCUCGUGCCCACCACCAGCAGCUCUAUGUCCUGCCGCACCACCACCUCACACAUCAACACAACAACACCCACAUCACCGUCCCCCCACCUGCCUUCCACUCGCACCCACCUGGCAACAGCGCUGAGCUGUCUCGUGCCCACCACCAGCAGCUCUAUGUCCUGCCGCACCACCACCUCACACAUCAACACAACAACACCCACAUCACCGUCCCCCCACCUGCCUUCCACUCGCACCCACCUGGCAACAGCGCUGAGCUGUCUCGUGCCCACCACCAGCAGCUCUAUGUCCUGCCGCACCACCACCUCACACAUCAACACAACAACACCCACAUCACCGUCCCCCCACCUGCCUUCCACUCGCACCCACCUGGCAACAGCGCUGAGCUGUCUCGUGCCCACAACCAGCAGCUCUAUGUCCUGCCGCACCACCGCCUCGCAUAUCAACAGAAGUGA